GGUGGCAGGAAGCCGGGCAGAGCGGUGCCAGGGCCAGCUGCUGGGCAGGGCUGGGCUGAGCCGGACUGGGCACUGUUGGGGCACCAAGGUGGCGGCGGCGCCAUGGGGGACGGUCGGGCCGAGCACUAUCACGUGCGCACGCCGCUGCUGGAGAGCUGGGUGCUGUCCCAGGUGCUGGGCACCACGGUCUACCUCAAGUGUGAGAAUGUGCAGCCAGCAGGCUCCUUCAAGAUCCGGGGCAUUGGGCACUACUGCCAGGAGAUGGCCAAGAAGGGCUGCAGACACCUCGUGUGCUCCUCAGGCCACGCCAGCCUGGUGCAGGAGCUGAAGGCUGACCUGGGGUCCCCGCCCGGGGCCCUGGUGCUGGCCGUGGGGGGCGGGGGCCUGCUGGCGGGCGUGGCCGCGGGCCUGGAGCAGGUGGGCUGGCAGGACGUGCCCGUCGUCGCUGUGGAGACCCGAGGGGCCGAUUCCUUCCACGCGGCCCUCAGGGCGGGCAAGCUGGUCACCCUCCCCGACAUCACCAGUGUGGCCCGGUGCCUGGGCGCUAAGACGGUGGCGGCGGGCGCCCUCGCGUGCGCCAAGCAGCUCAAGGUUCUCUCCGAGGUGGUGGCGGACGCCGAGGCUGUGAGCGCCGUGCAGCGGUUCCUGGAUGACGAGCGGAUGCUGGUGGAACCCGCCUGCGGGGCGGCGCUGGCCGCCGUGUACUCGGGGGUCCUGGGGCGGCUGCAGGCCGAGGGCCGCCUGCCCUCCCCGCUGGCCUCCGUCGUGGUCAUCGUGUGUGGCGGCAACAGCAUCGACAGCCGGGAGCUGCAGGCCCUGAAGCCGGCUGGGCCAGAAGUGAAAGCCUGAGAGGCGGCGGCAGAGGCAGGGACGCUGCCCUGCGCCUCCGAGCUGGCCGCCGCCGCCUGCAGGAAGCCCUCCCAGACUGCUCUCUGGGCUCUCCUCUGGCCAAUAAACCUGAGCGGAAGUUA